UUUGAAACGAUGACGCAAUAUCAAAAUGGAGCGAAAUUCAGACUCCGUUUUUACAAAUUUAAAUCUCCCAAUUUCUGGAUUCCGGAAAUACCAUGGAAGGUUGCAAAAGAACGGAAGAGGAUGAUCACAAAGAUGUAUACCCAAAUUACUUCAGCUUUAGCAAAUCCGGCCCUGAAUUCUUCACCGCCAACGCACCAGUUAAAUACAGUUCAGCAUACGAGAGACAAUCGAAAUCUGGUCUCAUAUGCGUUGUGUGUGGAGAUGUCUCAAGUGGCAAGCAUUAUGGCGUACUGGCGUGCAAUGGAUGCAGUGGAUUUUUCAAACGAAGUGUACGCAGAAAGUUAGUUUAUCGUUGCCAAGCGUCAGGUGGAGAUUGCUUGGUGGACAAAACCCACAGAAAUCAAUGCCAAGCGUGUAGAUUGAAAAAAUGUCUCGAAUGCGGAAUGAAUAAAGAUGCUGUGCAAAACGAGAGACAACCAAGGACUACUGCAACAGUCGGGUCAGAGAGUGUUUUCGUGCCAUCUCUUCACUACUCAGAUAAUCCACCAACCAACAGUCCAACGAAAGAUGUCACAAUCGGAUUGCUGCCCUCUCUCAUCCCUCUGCAUCAUCACAACUCCACUCCCUUGUUCUCCAAACUGAGCACAGCUAAGUUUACGACAGCUCCAUUUCAUAGAAAUGUGAAGAGUAAAAGUCAAGAAUCUGCAGCCUCGGAAACACUUUUUCAUCAAACGUAUUCAGAUUUGUCAAACAGUGUGACUCGAACUUCUUGCAGCACCAGAUUUGAAUGGCCAUUUGAUGUAUCUUGCAACGUGUUCUUCGAUAUGUCCUUUAGAAUUUUACUUCAUUCCAUACAGUGGGCGAAAACCCUACCAACAUUUUCAAGUUUAACACUAAAUGAUCAGGUAGCCUUAUUGGAGGGAACUUGGUUUGAGCUGUUUAUACUUAAUUCUAUUCAAUGGAGUAUACCUUUGGACUCAAAUCCGCUUUUCUCACCAACGGAUAUCCCUGUAGCUACGAAUAUCAACGAUUGUAGAAAGACUCUACGUGAUUUAAACAAGAUAUUCAUCCGUUUUAAAACUCUUGGAACUAAUUAUACUGAAUUCACCUGCUUGCGAGCUAUCAUCUUGUUCCGACCAGAUGUGGACGCAUUAAAAGAUACGCAUCAAAUCCAAUUGCUUCAAGAUCAUGCUCAGUUCAUGCUGGCUCAUCAUAUCAAGUCUGAGCAUUUUGACUUUUCCUUCAGAUUUGGACGUCUCCUUCUUCUUCUACCUGCACUUCGACAAAUUGAACCAAAUGUUAUUGAAAAUAUAUUCUUCUGCAGAACUGUUAACUCCACUUCAGUUGAAGAGCUUGUUAAAAACAUGUUAAAAUCUAUCUAGAUUAAUUUUUUUCAUAAUAGC